AUGUAUAGCCUGCGUGCCCUUGGUACUCCCAUCGACCGGGCCAAGCGGCCUACGUCAGAUCCCCUGGCGGCAGUGGGUUACUCAUGUAUCUACUGGGUGGACCAUCUGGAAGAAAGUGUCAAGGUGGAAGCUUUGUUACGAAUGCUCUGUCUUUACUGGCUGCGACUAGUUUACUUGUUUUGGGGUCUGGUGGGGGGGUCUCCAUCCUUUACGAAGGCUGGCGGGUUGUGGCAGGGAGGUGUCGGGAUAUCCACAUUGGAUGGGAAUAUCGAGGAUCACGACGCGGUAGGAGCAUUUCUCCGAGAAAGAUAUCUCUACUGGCUUGAGGCAUUGAGUCUUCUUCGAGGAAUGACGGAAGGAAUACUAGCCAUCCAGAAGCUUGAGUUUCUGUUACAGAAGCGAUUAAGAGCAACGGAACUGCAGGAGCUGGUUCACGAUGGGUACCGAUUUAUACGCUACCAUCGAGCUACAAUCGAGCAGAGCCCUCUCCAGGCGUACGGUUCGGCGAUGAUAUUCAGCCCAUCGCGGAGUGUGAUCAAGCAGCUGUUCAAGCACGAGUGGCCUCGUAACAUCACAAUUGCGCCAGAGAUGGGAGCUGACUGGAAUGCGCACACCGGGGCCUGCCUGCAGACGCUGGAGGGCCAUAAUGACCGGGUCAGCUCAGUGGUGUUCUCCCAGGACAGCAGCCGCGUCGCGUCCGGGUCGAGUGACAAGACGAUCAAGACCUGGGAUGCGCACACCGGGGCCUGCCUGCAGACGCUGGAGGGCCAUAAUGACCGGGUCAGCUCAGUGGUGUUCUCCCAGGACAGCAGCCGCGUCGCGUCCGGGUCGGGUGACGACACGAUCAAGAUCUGGGAUGCGCACACCGUGGCCUGCCUGCAAACCUUCACCGUCGGCUCUGCUGUAUACAAUUUGUCUUUCGACACUACCGGUUCUUCUCUUCACACUGACGUUGGAAUUGUCGCCCUUCGCGACUCGCCGACACCUACCCUUACCAUCUCGAAAAACGUUGCGGCUUCAGAACUUCAAUUCCUUCGGGCAAGCCAGUCGUCGCAAAGUCCUGAAUAUCAAGGUUCUGGUAUCAGUUCCGAUGGGUUCUGGAUCACACGGGGUUCACAGAAUUGGAUAUGGCUACCUCCUGCAUAUCGCCCACUCUGUUCUGCUGUAGGACGGUCUGGAAUAGCCGUGGUGAUUGGCUGCCAGUCUGGACGUGUCUUGAUCUUCGGAUUCGCGCCUGAGGAUCCUAACUGA